CAUACACCAGAGGCAAUGGAUAGGGUGAGCAGUCACUGCAGCCAGAAAACCUCAGUACAGAGCGCAGGCAAUUACCCUCCACAUGCAGAGACUUUGGAGCUGAACUGUGCUGAACAGAGAACCCUCCAGCUGAGAGAGCCAUGUGUGCCCGGGAAGAGCAGCCACUUUCACUCCACUGAAAAGCAAUGCAAACACACCGGUGAGGAGAACUGCUUCCAGGUCUGGGUGGACGUGAACCUGAGUGGAGCCUGGACGCCGUUAAAGCCACACUAACUAACCAAACUUCUAAAUUAUGACUACAGUAAGGAUUUUAACUCCACAAUGCUGCUAUGCUGGGAUGUGACAGGCUUCCUACCCAGGUCUGGAAGGUGGUCGAUGAUGUUAGGAGUAAAUACAAACCCAGAUGAAGAGUGGCAUAAGAAAUGGACGGACCAACCCCAGAGCCUGUGUACGUUGAUGUGGACAAGGGACUGACAUUGGCAUGUUUCGUCUUCCUCUGCCUCUUCUUGAUUGUGAUGAUUAUUCGCUGUGCAAAAGUCAUCAUGGACCCUUACAGUGCCAUCCCUACAUCUACAUGGGAGGAGCAGCAUCUAGAUGACUGAAAGGACUUCACUACACAGAGCCAUGAAAUGCUGCGAUUCAGGAGGCCUUUUCCCACUGGGAAGGCUAACACACAAACAGCCGUAUUCAGAUAUGCAGGGCAACAGCAAUAUCUCUAAGAGCACAUAGUGUAAAUGAUUCUUGCUCAUCGGAUCAGGAUAUCAGCAAGCCAUUCUGGCAGCACAGUUUAAUACUAUGCAGCAAUCCUUAUUUUACUGAAAACAGUUAUCAUUGUAACUCAAGCAGCACAAGACACUUCAGACUUUUCCUAAUACAUCUCUUAGUCUAGCACAGUUUGUCCUCCCCUCAGUAUCUCCCACAAAUCCAGGACAACCAUCAGAAUUUGGAAAAGCAACAAGAACAUUGUGUCUUCCCUGAAAAUAGAUUGCUUCAAGAAUCUUCCUCAAUCAUUAUAUUUGUGUUUCAAAAAAGGUCCAAAUUUUAUAAUUUUGUAUCCCAGAGCAUCACUAAGUUAGAAGCACUAAAGCAUGUCUGGUUAAGGAGGGUUAUACAGGCAAAUUUAUUCUCAAUUCACUUGGUUUUGCACGUACACUCCUUACCCCACUGCUGCUGUAUUUCCAGUGAUCAGGAUACAGAAGCACUUGGACGACAGAUCCCAAGGGGGUCAUGGUCUACUGCUGACCCUGUAGCAUCACCUCACUCUCCUACUCAUGCAAAAACUAAGCAUAUCAUCUGCCAUGGGUCCAUGGAUUACCCAGACGUCUCAGACCACUUACUAUGAGCUUGGUAGCCACCAGAGGUCCAUGGAGUAGAGCUUGGACACUGCUGGUUUCAACUAUAUAGAAACUGCUAUGAUUUCCAAAGAGAGAUUCCACAUGCUACUCCAUCCAUCUUUUGUUGGAGGUGCACUUCAGUGGAUGAGACAUGAAUAGAAUGACAAAGACAAUAAACAGAGGGACAUUGCUCCUAGCUUUGUCACUCAGACUCCUCAGCAUAGCAGUUAUAGUAAUAUAAGAUAAUAUGCAUUCUACCUCAGAGAAAUUCAGCACCUUCAAAAGAAGAAUUUUCCCACAAGCCUGUAAGGUGAAUAGCUGUACAUUUCCUCCUCUCUAUUCAUUGAGACAUCCAUUAUGCAAGAAGACGUAAGUGAACAUGGGAGCUUGGAAAAAUUAGUAUUUACCUUACAAAGAGUGGGAAUU